AUGUCGAGACAAGUGACACCCCCUCGUCCUCCACCUCGGUUAAGAGAUCUCACAUAUAUUGAUUACGAUAUAUAUGAACAUCCUAAUAUUCCUGCGGGGCACCCCCACUUUGGGAGAAAUGGUGCCUGGUGUAGAAGAAACUUGAGAAGAGAACUUCAAAUCCUUGGUUGGACACUGGAUGACCAAUACUCGAUGGUCUCAAGAUUCGUUAGCAAUGAUAGAGGCUUACUUCAAGUGCGACAAUUACAAACGAAUCCAAACCUAUAUUGGAUGCCAUUUGGUGUAAGACAAAUGUAUAUUAUGAGUGGGAUUCACAACAGCCUUUGGUAA